CCACAGCCAUCACACAACUUGCUGAGGAAGAAAAUGUCCAACCGAACCACCGUGACCGAGUUCCUUCUCCUGGGUUUCUCUGACAUUCGGGAGCUGCAGAUUUUGCACUUUGUGGUGUUUCUAAUGAUUUAUCUGGCAGGCCUGCUGGGGAAUCUUCUCAUCAUCACAGCCAUAGCCCUCAACCACUAUCUUCACACCCCCAUGUACUUCUUCCUGGUGAAUCUGGCCAUCGGAGACCUUGGCUCCAUCUCUGUCACCAUCCCCAAAUCCAUGGUCAAUUCUCUCAUGAACACCAGAGUGAUUUCUUAUUCUGGAUGUGUCGCCCAAGUCUUUCUCUUCAUGUUCCUUGGUUUGGCUGAUCUCGGCAUCCUCACUGCCAUGGCAUAUGAUCGAUAUGUCGCCAUCUGCCAACCACUGCACUAUGAGAGAGUGAUGAACAGGAGAGCUUGUGUCAAAAUGGCAGCCAGUGCCUGGAUCAGUGGUAUUCUUUACUCUGCCCUGCACACUGGGAACACAUUUGCAUUAUCCUUAUGUGGAGGAAAUGUGGUGGAUCAGUUUUUCUGUGCCAUCCCCCAGCUACUCAAGCUUGCCUGCUCUGACUCAGAGCUCAAUGAAACUGGGGUUAUUGUCUUCAGUGCAUGCUUAGCUUUAAGUUGUUUUGUUUUAAUAAUUGUGUCAUAUGUUCAGAUCUUCAGAUCAGUGCUAAGAAUCCCCACUGAGCAGGGCCGGCAAAAAGCCUUCUCCACCUGCCUGCCUCACAUCACUGUUGUCUCUUUGUAUGUUUCCACUGGCAUCAUUGCCUACCUGAAACCCAACUCCAGGUCCAUAUCACAUCUGGAUCUCAUGGUGGAUGUUUUCUAUUCCAUGGUACCUCCAAUGCUGAAUCCAAUCAUCUACAGCAUGAGGAACAAGGAGAUCAAAGCUGCCCUGAGGAAACUGAUUGGAUGGAGUUUAUUUAAAACAAACAAAAAGUCCAUCUUUCUAUUUUGA